AUGGACUCCUCGACCGCCCAGGUCAAGGUGAUCUUCACCACCAACGAGGCCGACUUGGAACUUCCCGAGACCAAGAGGCAAUUGCUCGUCCCAGCCGACAUCAAGCGCUAUGGCCUCUCUCGCAUCCUCAACUCCGAGUCCAUGCUCGACACCUCCUCCCCGAUCCCGCUCGACUUCCUCGCCAACGGCACCUUUCUCACAACCUCGAUCGAGGAGUACCUCGCUAGCGAGGGCUUCUCCUCUGAAAGCACACUCACGCUGCAGUACGUCCGCAGCCUGCUGCCGCCCUCGUACGAGGCCAGCUUCGAGCACGACGACUGGGUUGGCGCCGUCGACUGCCUGUCAGCCACCUCGGCCGCCGGCCGGCUCGCCGAGGGCCCCGUGCAGGAGCGCGUCGCCAGCGCCUCGUACGACGGCCUCGUGCGGAUAUGGAACCCUCAGGGCCAGGUCGUCGCCACGUCGGCGGCCGGCGCGGGCGGCGGCCACUCGCUGCGCCUCAACGCCGUGCAGUGGCUGUCGGCCAGGCAGGUCGCCUCGGCGGGCCUGGACCGCAAGGUCGUCGUGUGGGACUACGCCGAGUCGGCCGACGGCUUCUCCGGGACGCUCAGGCCCAACAUGGAGCUCUGGGGCCACGGCAAGGCCAUCCUCGCCGUCGACGCGAGCCUGUCGACGCGCCGCAUCCUGACCGCCUCGGCCGACGGCCGGAUCGGCCUGUGGUCGACGUCGAAGCGCACCGCGCCGCAGGCCGACCCCGAGAGCCUCCCCGCCGCGCACACGACGAAAAAGGCCCGGCUCGCCGGCUCCGCGACGACGGCCCAGCGCGGGCCGCUCGCCCUCAUCGCCGCGCACGACGAGCCCGUCACCGCGGCCCUCUUCCACCCGCACGACCCGACGGUCGCGUACACGGCGUCCGAGGACCACACGGUCAAGACCAUCGACCUCACCACGCAGCGCCAGGUGUCGCGCCUCACGACCAUGCACCCGCUGCUGUGCGCCGCCGCGCUGCCCGAGAGGGGCCUCGUCGCCGCCGGCUCCUCGGCGCGCCACAUCACGCUGCUGGACCCGCGCGAGUCGGCCGCCGCGACGGCGGCCAUGACGCUGCGCGGCCACGUCAACAUGGUCGUGUCCAUUGCCGCGUCGCCCGACAACGGCUACUCGCUCGUGUCGGGCUCGCACGACAGCACCUGCCGCGUGUGGGACCUGCGCAGCGCGCGCUCCGGCACCGUCGAGGAGGGCGGCGGCAGCGUCAGCCUACCCGUCUACACGAUCGGCCGCGAGUGGCUCAAGGGCAAGAAGCUGCCCGCGGCCGGCGACGGCGCCAAGGUGCUCGGCGUGGCGUGGGACAAGACCUGGGGUAUCGUCAGCGGCGGCGAGGACAGAAAGGUGCAGAUCAACAGGGGACGGGGCCUGCUGGCGGAGUAG